AUGGCUUUUCAUGAUGUGGCCGUGGCCUUCAGCCAGAUGGAGUGGGAGCUGUUGAGUCCUGCCCAGAGGAUCCUAUACAGGGAAGUGAUGCUGGAGAACUAUAGCCAUCUGGUCUCCCUGGGAAUUGCGUUUCCCAAACCGAAACUCAUCACACAGCUGGAACAAGGAACAGAGCCCUGGAGAGAUAGCAGUGGAUGUCUUCCGGACCUCUGUCCAGAACCCAGGACAGAAUUAGAGGCCGGUCUCUCCUGCCCGAUAUCCUUUGCUAGUCCAGAAGUCCUCAGAGUGUGUGUGCUGAAUGGAUCUCCCUCUCAGACUUUCCCAAGCCCACCAGAAGGGGGCAACUUCCAGUCAGAAGCUCCAGGCUGUUCUAGCAAUGGAGGAGGUGAAGAGAGAGACAGCAGUGAUGCUCUGUUGCAGAGGACGAGUCCAACGAGGAUUCUGAAGACGUUCUUUAGCCCAUGUCAAGGUCAGACGGCAUACUGGGCAGAAGGCGACAGUAAGCAAACAGACCUUGGCCUGGCCCCCGAGGAGGCAGUCUCCGUGUUGAAGGGACCCGAUGAGUCAGCAUCUGGAGCUGUCAUACACGGAGCGUUUCCACUAGGGCUUAAUGAUGUCACAAACCUGUUCAGCCCUCAGAAGCAUCACGUAUAUCCUGACUGCGGAGAGGGCUUUUGCCAGAGUUCGGACCUCAUGAAGCUCCAGAGAAUGGACGGAGGGGAGAAGCCUUACUCGUGCUCGGAGUGUGGGCACCAGUUUACUCAGAAGGCUUCUCUCACUGUCCAUCAGAGGAAACACUCGGGAGAGAAGCCACACGUGUGUGGGGAAUGUGGGCGAGGCUUCAUGUAUGUAUCGUCCCUCAACAGCCACAAGAAGAUUAUUCACUCUGGAGAGAGACCCCUUGUAUGUCCGGAGUGUGGGCGUGGCUUCCGCCAGAAGAUAGACCUCCUCCUCCACCAGCGGACUCACCUGGAUAAAAAGCCCUUCGUGUGCCCUGAGUGUGGGAGGGGCUUUUGCCGGAAGGCCUCGCUACUGCAACACCGGUGGUCACACUCUGGUGACAACCCCUUCAUCUGCUCAGUGUGUGGGCGUGGCUUCAGGCUGCUCUCCAGGCUCCUCACUCAUCAGAUCACCCACUCCGGGGAGAAACCCCACGUUUGCCCCGAUUGCGGGCAACGCUUUGGCCAAAAGGGUACGCUCAUGAGACAUCAGAAGACACACACAGGGGAGAAGCCUUACGUGUGUCGCCAGUGUGGCUGGAGUUUCACCCAGAAGGUCAACCUCAUUAGGCACCAGAGGAUUCAUACAGAGGUAAAACCUUUCCUGUGCCCCGAGUGUGGACGAGCCUUUGAAUUUAAGUCUCUCCUCACCAGACACCGGAAGACACACACCGGGGAGAAGCCCUAUGUGUGCCCCCAGUGCGGUAGGGGGUUUAGCCAGAAGUUCAACCUCAUUGGGCACCAGAGGAUUCAUGCAGGGGAGUUACCUUUUCUGUGUCCUGAGUGUGGGCGUGCAUUUGUAAAGAAGGCCACGCUCAUCAGACACCAGAGGACCCACGCAGGGUGGGAGAAGCCUUACCAGUGCCCCGAGUGUGGACGAACCUUUGAGUUUAAGUCGCUCCUCACAAGACACCAGAAGAUACACACAGGGGAGAAGCCUUAUGUGUGUCCUCAGUGUGGUAGGGGGUUUAGCCAGAAGUUCAACCUCAUUGGGCACCAGAAGACGCACACAGGGGAAAAGCCCUAUGCCUGUCCCCAGUGUGGCCAGCGUUUCAGGCAGAAGUUCAACCUCGUUAGGCACCAGAGGAUUCACACAGGGGAGAAGCCGUUCCUCUGCGCAGAGUGUGGGCGAGCAUUUGGAAAGAAGGUCUCUCUCAUUAGACACCAGAGGACCCACGGAGAGGAGAAACCUUACAAGUGCCCUGAGUGUGGACGAGCCUUUGAGUUUAAGUCUCUCUUCAUCAGACACCAGAAGACACACACGGGGGAGAAGCCCUAUGUGUGCACCGAGUGUGGCAAGGCUUUUAGCCAAAAGUUCAACCUCAUUGGGCACCAGAGGAGCCAUACAGGGGAGAAGCCUUACCUGUGCUCCCAGUGCGGGCGUGCUUUUGGUUUUAAGUCACUUCUCACCAGACACCAGAGGACACACUCCAAGUAGAAGAGGCUUUUUGUAAACAACUUAUGUGGGUAGGGAGUGGAUGGGAUGCCACACCUCACGUCUGACUAGUAGAGGACUCAGUCCAGUUGGUAGAGAAGCCUUUGGCUUUGACUCUGCCCUCAUCAGACAUCAGCAGACCUACUCUGGCAAAAAGCCCUUAAGUGCAGGGAUCGUGGGCGUGGCUUCAGUUGGACGUUUCACCUCCACAGACAUAGGAAGACCCAAGUGUGGGCCAUCAGAUCCUAGCCUGAGAGGCGUUUGCCUGAGCUGUUGUUUCCUUUCCCCAGGAGCACAGAGCUGGCAGAAAUCACUAGUGAAAUGUUCCUGAAAAUAGAGUAGGGGAAAAGUCCUUGCUUGUUCAUGAAAUCAUUGGUUUAUUGUUUAUUAUCUUUGGUUAAUAGUAUGUGUUAGUUUUCUAGGGCUUCCUAACAAAAUACCCCAGACCGUACAGCUUAGGCAAAAGAAAUUUACUCUGCUGUAUAUAUGGAGCCUAGAAGUUCUCUGUCAAACCGGCUCAGGUGUUGCUGUAGCCACACCUCCCCGUAGCGGGUGAAUGGCUUCCCGAUGUGCUGUGCACCUACAGGUCCAUCCCUCCUGUAUAUACUUUCCUGGUGCCUCUAAUCCUGGACCACAUCCAGAUGACCUUGUCUAACCUUGAGUAAAUGUCCUGCCUCCAAGUCA